AGCCCGGGGGUGACAGCCGGUGCCAUCGGCGACAGGCAAACAGGAUGACUAAUGAGUGACAGCCAGGGAGGGGUGGAUGUGGCCGCCGGGAUCCCCACUCCUGCAGCAUGAGCAGUGCUGGUGACAAGGACCGGUCCCAGGGAAGGAAGCAUUGCCUGUCCCCGAGGAGCCAAGCAGGCAAGCGGCCAUGAGAAGACAGCGGCCAUGCCCACGGUGGGCUCUCUCUCCAUGGGAUGCAGGAAGUGUGUCCGUGUGAUACCGGCAGCAGAGCUGCUGGCUUAGUCCCUGUGGCUAUGGCUAGCCGGAUGGGGCCAAAUGCCACGGCCAGCCUGGAGAACCCCACCAUUCCAGAGCAGUCCACAGCACAGGAGGUGCUGGGCCUCCUCUGCAUGGUCCUGCUCACUAUCACGGCCCUAGUGGCCAAUGUGGUGGUGAUGGUGGUCAUCCUGAAGACCCCCCUCGUCCGCAAGUUCAUCUUCGUCUGCCACCUCUGCGUGGUUGACCUCCUCUCUGCCAUCUUCCUUAUGCCUUUGGGGAUCAUCUCCAGCUCCUCCUGCUUCGACAGGGUCAUCUACAGCAUCGCUGAGUGCCAGGCCUUGAUAUUCCUUAACGUCUGUUUCAUCAGCGCCUCCAUCCUCACAGUCUCCAUCAUCAGUGUUGAGCGGUACUACUACAUUGUCCACCCCCUGCGCUACGAGGUCAAGAUGACCAUCAGGCUGGCUGUGGCCGGGGUUAUCCUCAUUUGGGUCAAGUCUGUCCUCAUCACCAUCCUGGCACUGGUGGGCUGGCCUCAAGACAACGGGGCCACCAGCGCCAGCCGCUGUACGGUCUACUGGAGCCCUGGGGCCCACAAGAAGGCUUUUGUCAUCAUCUUUAGCAUCACCUGCUUCGUCCUGCCCACCAUUAUCAUCUUCGCCGUCUACUGCAGUGUCUACCGGGUGGCCCGGCUGGCAGCCCUACAGCACGCACCUGCCCCGGCGGCUGCCCCACGGCCCCGCUGCGACUCCAUUGCCAGCCAACUGACCAUCGUCACCAUGCGGAACCUGCCGCUGCUCCGGCUGGCAGCUGAGCGCUUUUUGGGAGGGAACAAGGCCAUCCUCACCUUGCUCCUCAUCGUGGGACAGUUCCUGUGCUGCUGGCUGCCCUUCUUUGCCUUCCACCUGCACUCCUCUGUGGGUGUCGCUGCGGAGGGCGGUGGGCACAGCGAGAUGGUGGUCACCUGGAUUGCCUACUCCUCCUUCGCCAUCAACCCCUUCUUCUAUGGGCUGCUUAACCGACAGAUCCGCCAGGAGCUGGCCCGGCUCUGGCGCAGUCUCCUCCACCGUCCGCUGGCCCAGGAGCUGUGCUUGGCCAUUUCUGAGGCCUCUGUCCAGGAAAACGUCCUGCAGUUCCUCCAGAGGGCUACCUGCACGCUGGAAACCCAUGCUGGGUGCAUCAGCCCCAGGAGCAGGCUGGAGCAGGGCAAGGGGGGCUGCCCCAUCCCGGGCCAGGUUCCCGAAGAGAGUGUCCAAGAGCAGAGCUCUGUGCCACUGUAGCUCUGGGACUCAUCCUCUUUGCUCCUGGUCCGCGUUUUGCCUCCUGUCCCAGUCUGUAUGCUGGAGGAAGGGCUCUUGGCAGCAUUUUGGGUGCUGUCAUUUCCAUUCUGCAUGCUGGGAACAUCUCUGGCUCCUGCAGCAUAUGGGACAUGGGAAGCUGAGGGGCUACAGCUUGGGGGACCAUCCCCCUGUGGGACUACUGCCAGGGUCACCCUGCACCCUCCCCAGCCCAGAUAACACCACUAACACCAUAACACCAGUGCCCGUGGUGCCCAGUACCUCCCCUCCUGAAAGUCAGGAUGCUGCUGGGAGGGAUGUCGUGCCCCUGGUCUCCAAAAAUAGGAAACCCCACUCCAGCAAUAGGGGCUGGGGAAAGGUGCCCAGGGCAGGGAG